AUUUGUACGUACCGUUAGUUUACGGUAAAGCACCCAUGAACCAUAAAACCAACUCUUUCGUUUUGCACCGAGGGAUUGUGGGUACUGAGGUUGGAUAGUCACGUUGUGAACCCAGCAUGGCAGGGAAACAGAAAAGAAAAUUAGAAGAUCUCAGUGUGGACGAAUUCCUGCUGUCGGGUGAUUUUGACUCUGAAGGUGAUGAGGGUGAAUCUGUAGAAGAGACUCCAACACACAAUGGACUCAGUAAAAAGAACAAGAGAAAAGAUCUGAAAUCUGCGACCUCCGAGAUUGAUGUCAAGAAGAAGGGUAAGGCUUCUGAGCAUAAGGAGCAGCUGUCCAGAUUAAAGAACAAAGAUCCAGAGUUCUUUAAAUUUCUGCAACAGAACGACCAAACGCUCCUGAACUUUGAUGACACAGACAGCUCUGAGGAUGAAGUUGAUAAAAAGUAUCACAAACUACCAUCUUCUCUGGAGGAGGCCAACUCUAGUGACGAUGAACAAGAUGAUGACGACGAGGGUCAAAAAUCCUCGAAAAAAUCCAAGAAGGGAGUGGACACUAUCAAAGUCACAGACAAAAUGAUUGAAGACUGGAAAGCAGCCAUGAAGAAGGAACCCACGCCUCGUCUCUUCAGAGAGGUCACCCAGGCCUUUAAAGCUGCUGUGGCUACAACCAAGGGUGAAGGAGUCAGCCAGUGUCGGUACAAAGUGGCCGACAGUUCAGUGUUCAACGCCUUGGUCCUGUUCUGUAUCAGAGAUAUUUAUGUGGCCAUGCAGAGGAUGCUCAACCUGAAGCCAGAUAAAGACCAGAAAAAGCUGGUGCUCCCAUCGUCUAGUCCGAAGUGGCAGAAGAAUCAGAUCGACAUCAAGAUGUAUCUCGGCGGGGUAGUUCAGCUGUUAUCCAGUCUAACAGAAGCUACAGUCAUCAGCGCUGUCUUGCGGCACGCCAACCAGCUUGUACCUUAUUACCUCUGUCUGCCCAAACAGUGUCGUCACCUGGUUAAGCAACUCAUGAAACAGUGGAGCACAGGGGAGGAGACGAGUCGGGUUCUUGCCUUCCUGGCCCUCAACAAAAUCUGCAGACACAAGCAGGAAACAUAUCUUAACCCUAUUCUGAAGCAAAUGUACAUUUCCUAUGUACAAAACUGUAAGUUCACAUCUCCCAAUGCGCUGCCCAUGAUCAACUUCAUGCAGCGAACUCUAACAGAGAUGUACUCCCUGGACACACAAGCUACUUACCAGCAUGCCUUCAUCUACAUCCGACAGAUGGCCAUCCACCUCAGGAAUGCCAUGACCAUGAAGAAGAAGGAAACGUACCAGUCAGUGUAUAACUGGCAGUAUAUUCACUGUCUGUACCUCUGGUGUCGGGUCCUCAGCACCCUGCACCCCAGUGAUGUACUCCAGCCUCUCAUCUAUCCACUCUGCCAAGUCAUAAUUGGCACCAUCAAACUGGUUCCUACAUCAAGAUAUUACCCUCUGAGGAUGCACUGUUGCAGAGCCCUCACUCUGCUGUCUAGCAGCACCAACACAUUUGUGCCUGUUCUGCCUUUCCUCUUGGAGAUUUUCCAGCAGGUAGACUUCAACAAGAAACCAGGACGAAUGAGCAAGAAACCCAUCAACUUUGCUGUCAUCCUCAAGCUUAGCAAGGUCAACCUCAUGGAGAAAGCCUACAAGGAUGGGUUGAUUGACCAGCUAUAUGACCUGAUGCUGGAAUACUUCCACACUCAGGCCAGCUCCAUUGGCUUCCCAGAGCUCGCCCUGCCCACUGUCAUUCAGCUGAAAGCAUUCCUGAAGGAAUGCAAAGUGGCCAAUUACUGUAAGCCGGUGCGCCAGCUGCUGGAGAAGGUGCAGGAGAACAGCAGCCACAUCACAGGACGGAGACAGAAGGCCGCCUUCGGAGUGGCCGAUGCCACCGCUGUGGCGGCUUGGGAGAAGCAGGUCCAUCAGGAGGGGACUCCUCUCAGCAGGUACUACAGCCAGUGGAAGAAGCUGAGGGAGAAGGAGAUCCAGCUGGAGAUCUCAGGCAAAGAAAGGAUGGAGGACCUGGACCUCCCUGAGAUCAAACGUAAGAAGAUUCAGGAGAGGAAGGUGGAGGACAAGAAGGAGUUCAAGGAUCUGUUUCAGUCUGACAGUGAUUCAGAUGAAGAUGAUGACGGUCUCAAAAUCAAAGGUAAAAAGGGUGGCCAUGGGUCAGAUGAUGAUGAUGACGACGACGACGACGAUGAUCUUGAAGAUUUGUCUGACAUGAGCGACUAUGAGGGGAUGGAGGGCGGAGACUCAGAUGAUGAUGAUGAUGAUGAGGAGGAGGAAGGGGAUGAAAAGGCAUCCAAGGCUCCUCAGCCACUGUCGUCCUCUGCUCUGAUAAAGCUGGCAGAAGGAGACGAGGAUCUUGUGGAAGACCUGGAGCUGUCCGAUGAUGAUUGAGCUUCAUGUAUGCACGCACUCACCUGAAAGAUGCUUUCAGCUUUUUACACUUUCUUCUAUUUUCUUUGCUUUUGAAAUUUGUAUCACUUUACCUGUACAGUACCAACAUGUUUAUGAUGUAAUUUUUUUAAGCAUUGAAAUUGUAAAAAAAAAAAAAGAGUGCACUUGUAACAAGUCA